AACAACCCUUCUUCUUAGCCACUGCAUGAACAGAAAAAGAAACAGCUGCCACGAGAGAAACUUGACUGCCAUUGAAACUGCAGUGUGAUAGAAUUGGGAGCGGAAGGGUUGUGUUUUUUUCUUCUUCCAGAUUUUAUUUCCAGCCCUGGUGGAUCUUGCCAACGGGCAGCCAAGGUGAUUCAGGACGGCGGCUUCCUCCAUUCACCGGGGCCCUGUCUUUUCAUCCCUAAAGCCUCCCCUCUCCCUCCCUCCCGACCGCCUUCCAUGGUGACUGCCCACUCCGGCCCCAGACCGGCUGCCAGACCAGCGCCGUGACAUCCCCCCCCCCCAUGGCCUCCCCCCGGACGGUGACCAUCGUGGCCCUCUCGGUCGCCUUGGGGCUCUUCUUCGUCUUCAUGGGGACCAUCAAGCUGACCCCGAGGCUCAGCAAGGACGCCUACCACGAGAUGAAGCGAGCUUACAAGAGCUAUGUCCGCGCACUGCCCAUGCUUAAGAAGAUGGGGGUCAGCUCUAUCAUUCUCCGCAAGAGCAUCGGCGCCCUCGAGGUGGCCUGCGGCAUUGUCAUGACACUGGUUCCUGGCCGUCCCAAGGAUGUAGCUAACUUUGUGCUGCUGCUGCUGGUCCUGGCUGUGCUCUUCUUCCACCAGCUGGUGGGUGACCCGCUCAAGCGCUAUGCCCAUGCCUUGGUCUUUGGGAUCCUGCUUACCUGCCGCCUACUCAUCGCCCGCCAGCCGGAAGACCAGCUGCCGGAGAAGAGGACCCUGGCCGUGAAUGGAGAGGAGCAACCCCUUCUUGCAGACGCCGUCCCAGAGAAGGGCAAAAUCAAGGUGUCCUAGUGGGGUGCCUUUGAGGGACACACGGACCCUCCAUGCAGCUCUCUCCCCAAAACACCUUUAAAAAGAUUUUUGUUUCUUUUCUUUUCUGGUUUUGUAAAGGGUUACGUAUUGGAGCAUGGGGUAAACCUUUAAGUUUGCCAGCUAAAUAACAACUUGGCUUAUACACCUCAAGCGUCUAGAGCUGCUCUCUGUUGUACCUUUCCCCACAUGUGUAGACUUGACCUAAUUUAAUGGAUCUAGAGGGAAAUCAGUGUAACUUAUGUUGAGUAUGUGUGUGCACAUGUCUAUGUGUAUGUAUGAAUGAGAGGGAGGGAGGUGGUUUAACUGUUCAACUCAACCUGCCUCUGAACCAGUCUGUAUUCUUUAGGGGUGUAAGGGGAGGGAAGGAAACUCUUAGUCCUGUGCUUGCACACUGGCCCAGUCUUUUCCUCUCUUUGCCCAGCACUAGCACCGGAGUGAGGAACCCCUUUUUCUUGCUUCACAUGAACGAAAUGGUGUAACCCAUCCACCACUCUCCACAGGGAAUACAGAACACUGUAUACCUGGUAAUGAGCCUUGGAGUUGUCACCUCUCCCAAACCUGUCUGUGUUGCUGUCAAAAGGCCAUCGACUGCUCACUCUCCGCCUACACAUAAACCUGCUUCGUCUUGCCAUCCGUUCACCUUGACUUUAAAAGAGUGACAGGUUCCUGUGGGAGGGGGAGGGCUUGACUCUAAGAAAAGGAUUCCUAUCCCAUCCCACAGAAGAACCUAAUGAGCUAAGACAUGCUACAGCCUCUAGUAAAAAGCUGUUUCCAUUGUGUUCGUGCUGAGCUUGUUGGGGGGGGGGAGGAAAAGUUAAGCUGUCAUACGAAAUAUAAUUUUUUAAAAAGUAUGUUGCCUUUCUUCGUAUUGUUGUUUGCAUCCUCUUCCUCCCACCCUUCUUUUUCUCCCCCUUAAUUUAUAAAAAUAAACUUUUUUGAAAUUUGGAGGAAAACUGCCUUGUAUGUUGUUCAAUGUUAUGUGUGUGCUGUAGCAAAGACACUUUAUAUCUACCUGCUGCAAUUUGUUAAUUUCUUGAAAGCACAGAGGUAAACUAGAAACUCCAGAAUUUAUAAGGGGGGAUUUGAUUAUUUCAUCUCACCUUGAUAGCUGAUAUGCUUUCCCUGAACGUGGUGGAAAAUAUUCUACUAAUUAUUCUCAAAUGAUUAGCGGGGGAAACUUUAAAGGCAAUCUUCCUAAAUAAAAAUGAGCACAUUGUUCUGGAAGACUCAGACACACACUGUAUUUUGAAUGAAAUAAAGCAAAUUACUGAAACAUUUUCUACCUCAAAGCAAAACUCAUUAUAGAAAAGGAUGGAAUAGCUAGCUCCUAAGUCUCACUGUUGUUGAGGUGGAAAUUUCCUCAAAGCUACAAAUGUUUCCCUUUAGGAAAAACAGACUAAACAUGGUCCCAAAUCACCAUAGUUUUGAAGUGGUUCCUUAAAAAUAACAAGUUAACUGUCAAUACGAUUUGUUUUCA